AUUGUUGAUGGGAUCCCAAUUACUUCCCAUUUUGUAGUGGCGUAGGAUAUUGUUGAUUUCUGCCGGAUUUAUGUUUGGAUAAUAAGAAUCUGGUAGAAAUCAGCAAUUCUCCCUCUUUCAAUCUCUCUUCUACGAUCAGGGUCAUUGUUCCAACUUUUUUUUCUUUUUAAUCCUGAUACUCUUCUUAAGCGGAGUUUCAGAAUGGAACAAUUCAGGCGUAUUGGAGAAGUAUUGGGAAGUUUGAAGGCAAUGAUGGUAUUUCGCGACAAUAUCCAAAUCAAUCAGCGGCAGUGCUUCCUGUUGCUUGAUAUAUUCCAUUCUGCAUAUAAUUCAAUCUCAGAAGAGAUGAAGCAGAACCUGAAAUUUGAAGAGAAGCACACGAAAUGGAGAAUACUAGAACAACCAUUGAGAGAGAUUCAUAGAAUAUUCAAAGAAGGAGAGGGCUACAUCAAGCAAUGCUUGGAAACCAAGGACUGGUGGGCAAAAGCCAUUAUACUUUAUCAGAAUACAGAUUGCGUCCAGUUUUAUAUCCACAACUUACUUACCUACAUUCCAAUUGUUAUCGAAGCAAUCGAAACUGUUGGAGAAUUUUCAGGGUGGGAUGAGCUUGAGAUACAGAAGAAGAGGCUUGUGUACUCAAACAAGUAUCAGAAGCAAUGGAAAGACCCACAACUAUUUCAGUGGAGGUUCGCAAAGCAGUAUCUCAUUACCCAGGAAUUGUGUGAACGUUUUGAUACAGCUUGGAAAGAGGAUAGGUGGAUUCUCCUAAAUAAAAUCAAGGAAAAGAAGAUUUCAUGCUCAACAAAGCAUGCUCGACAACUCAUAGAAUUAUUUCUGAAAAAUUUGGAAGGAUCAGAGCAUCAGAAUGGGAAACUCUUGCCAAGUUCAAUCCUGGCUGGGUCUAAAGAUUACCAGGUAAGAAGACGCCUUGGGAGUGGUAGCCAAUACAAGGAGAUUGUAUGGUUGGGAGAAAGCCUUGCCAUUAGACAUUUCUUUGGUGACAUUGAAGCCCUUGUUCCUGAAAUUUCUUCACUGUUAUCUCUUUCCCACCCAAAUAUAUCUCAUUUCUUCUGCGGCUUCACCGAUGAGGAAAAGAAAGAGUGUUUUUUGGUUAUGGAACUAAUGCAUAGAGAUCUCUGCAGCUACAUCAGAGAGAUUUGUGGCCCGAGAAAGAGAAUUCCAUUUUCUCUUCCUGUUGCAAUUGAUCUUAUGCUACAAAUUGCCAGAGGAAUGGAGUAUCUUCACUCCAAGAAAAUUUACCAUGGCAAUUUAAACCCUUCUAACAUUCUUGUUAAACCAAGAAACAUAAGCUCAGAAGGAUACCUGCAUGCCAAGGUUUCAGGGUUUGGGCUCUCAUCGGUUAAGAAGUUUUCGCCUAAAAACUCUUCAAAUCAGAAUGGAAUCCUCCCGUUCAUCUGGUAUGCACCAGAAGUUUUGGAAGUGCAAGAACAGACAGGAAGUGCUCGAAAUUUCAAAUACACAGAAAAAUCAGAUGUGUACAGCUUUGGAAUGGUUUGCUUUGAACUUGUGACAGGAAAAGUUCCAUUUGAGGACAGCCAUCUUCAAGGAGACAAAAUGAGCCGAAAUAUUCGAGCAGGAGAAAGGCCAUUGUUCCCCUUAAAUACACCAAAAUUUGUGACCAACUUGACGAAGAGAUGUUGGCAAGCCGAUGCAAAUCAACGACCAAAUUUCUCAUCCAUCUGCAGGAUUCUUCGCUAUACAAAACGUUUCCUCGCCAUGAACCCUGAUUAUAAUAGAGAGCCAGACUCACUAAUGCCAGCAGUGGACUAUGGUGACCUGGAGUCAAAUCUUUUAAGGAAAUAUCCAUCCUGGGAUGCAACUGAUUCAUCACCUAUAUCGCAAAUUCCAUUUCAGAUAUUUGUUUAUAGAGUUUUUGAGAAAGAAAGAACAAGAGCAACUCAGAAAGAAACUUCUGAAUCAGGAAGUGAUAAAGCUUCAGUUAGUGGGGAUGAAAAUAUCAACGCCAUGGAUGAUCCAUUCUCAUUAUCCACAUUACCAUCGCCCACAAGAAAGUUCCCAACAUCACCCGACUCCAUGAACAGAAAACCAUGCCUGUCAAAGAAAUUGACGGAUUUGAAAAUAAGUAGGCAACCAGGGACACCAAAAGAACGCUGUAGACCUCCACGACUGACUCCUUGCGGGCGUAGGUUGAGAAUGAACUCGGAAAGCCAGCUAAUGAUGAUUAGUCCAAGGAUAAGGAGAACAUCUUCUGGUCAUGCAUCAGAUUCAGAUCUCCCAUAGACGGUUUUUUUUUUUUUUUUUUUUUUUGAAAGAAAGGGAACCAAACAACAGAAAAAAACUAAGACGCACAGCUCCUAGGAUAUGUUACCCCACAAAUAUCAUGCAUCAACAGGCUGCUAAGACCCACGAGGAAUAUCAAAAGAUGCACCCCCUAAAAGCAAAGAAUGCCUAAGAUAAGUAAGCCAAUCAGCAGCAAAAUUAUACUCACGGAAUACAUGCUUGAUAAGACGAUCCAAUCCCGCGUCAAAAGCCCACGAAUACCAUGCUCCAAACAAGAGUUGUAAGAAAUGGAACAAUUGUUGGAUUGAAGACCACAAAUUAUCAGUCUCAACAACAAUCCUUCUAUAACCUCUAUCCCAAGCAUCAGAUUCAGAGCUCUCAUAGACUUCAAUUGCCUAAUCAUUGCUUCAUCCUAAAUUGAAUAUCUUAAUUUAAUGGCUUAUUUCUAGGAUAUUUUAAGUGGACAGUUAUUUCAGCCCAAAUCAGCUCUUUAUAUGUAGUAGCCAUAGAUUUUAGUUUUUUUUUUUUUUCCUAUUUUCUUCUAGUAAAUUCCUUGGCAGUUUAAGGUUUCCAUUAGGGUUGUUAGACUUCCCCAUAUAUGUGUUUCGUUAUGUUGAGAACUUUACUUAUAUAUCUAUAUCUAUACGAUAUUUAUUUAUAAUUCAAUAUACUCCCUCCUUCUCACAAAGAU